UUACAGGUCGACCACAACAAAGCAGCAUCUCGUCCUUUCGCCUUGUCCCGGAUAUUCCGAGCUACAUUAUGGCUCUUUAAUUUCGCUCAGUUGUUGGACCCGAAAACAAGUCGUGCUUUGCUUCAGCAACGCACCCCCAAGUGCUCUACAAUUUUUUUCUGCAAGAAUGGAGUUUCAUUAUGCUCACCCAGCCCUGCUCUCUGUGGCCCAUCUGUCAGACCUUGCUUGCUCUCAGCAUAUGCUUGGACUUGGACUGAAUCAUAGCACCAACAGACAAAAUGAUGGCAACAUCAGCUCCUGUUUGGAAGACUCUUCGUGUCUGCCCGGCAGACCCCCUCGCUCUCUCUCACCCACAGGCUAACCACAGCCAAUCACAGGGGUGCAGGGGGGAGGUGUCAGAGGAGAGUCAGCACUUAAUUGGUGAGUUGCAGCGAGUGCGCUUUUUUAUAUUUUUCCCCAUUUCAGGUGGGCUCGGCACUGCAGCACAUUCGUCCUUCUUGAACAGUGAUGGUCUCACUGACUGGAUGACGGAAGAAGUGGAUUUCUCCUCGUACCUCCCAAACCCUCCUUCCCCUCCCUCCUCCACCAAUGCCUCCCUUCCCCCUUCACCUCUUCAGAAUGAUAUCCAGGUGCCCUCUGACUUGGAGGUCAUGACCUCUCUGCUGCAAGAGGAACUCGCACAACUAGAGGACUACUUCCUGUCUGAACCACUGCCAGAGAAAGGGCCGAGGCUGGGAAAAUGCGACAGGGGUCCACUGCCAGCGGGUCCUCAGCCAUUCAGCCAGCUGCCAUAUGCAUCAUACUCGACAUCCAACCAAUCGGAAACCAGCCCACUUCUUGUUACCCUGGCAACCGGUGAACUGGACCUGCUGAGCAUCUGUGGCGGGCCCAUUGGGCGAUCCAAAAUUCCAAGACACGCCCCGUACAGCUGCAGUCGCCCCAGUGGGUGUGGUAGGAAAAGAGUUCCUGACGGUGUGAGGUUCAGUGAAGGCUAUGACAACAGUUUGUUGAGUUCCAAAGGAAGUAACUCAGGUAACGCCGCUGUGACCCUUACAGGUAAUUAUGGCUGCGUAGAGGACGAUCAGCUGCUAGGGAAAAGCUACUGCCUGGGUAGUGCAGUCGAGGUUAGAAGAUGUGGUGUUUUAUCCAAAGAAGAGAAAAAUUGUUGUUUCACUCAAGAUGUGAUAGGUGGUGCAAAGGUAGUUGGUGGUGGAUUUGGUUUUGGUGGAUCACUGGAUGUUCCACACAAGAAAGAGGAUCUGUUGAUGUAUAGCAUGAGGGAGGUCAGCGGAGGCACUGGUAGCAGCGAAGUGCUCAACAGUAUCAAAACUAGUGUGGAGGUGACAAAAGCCACCGUUUCUUGGAAAAGCGAGAGCAGCGAAGGUUGUUAUCUUCCAACAACGCCACAGUCUGAGGCCUAUCAUAGCUUCUUGGGCAACAUCAAUGAACAGGUGAAAUCAGAGAGUCUGCAGAUAGGUCAGCAUGAUAUACACUGUAAUUUCCUUGAAGAUCAGGGCCCUGAAUGUCUUUUAAUGGCUAGGGAGAGUCUGAACCUGGAAACUUCAGGGCACAGACAAGCAUGCAGGCUGAAAGAAGACCACUGUGCUGUGAAAUACGAGGUGGACAUCAUUCCAGCUGAAGGCGGAGAACGCAAACAAAAGAAGCGAGACCAAAACAAAACUGCCGCUCACAGGUAUCGCCAGCGAAAAAGGGCGGAGCUAGAUUCUUUGGAGGAACAGCUGCAUUGCCUUGAAGGGAGGAACCGCGAGCUCCGGGACAAGGCAGAGUCCGUAGAACGUGAAAUCCAGUAUGUCAAAGACCUGCUGAUUGAAGUUUACAAGGCCCGUAGCCAAAGGCUCAAGCAGGACACAACAGCAUAACACCACACUGCUGCAAGUACACUUACAGACAGUGUAACAGGGAAAACGUGGAGCUCUUUGUGUCUUUAAGUUUGUCCAACAAUGAAUGUUUAAUUUUGUUUUUUUAUUAUGAUGAGGGUAAGUGCAUGCUUGGCUAAUGCAAAUUAUUUUUUACAUUUUAACUCAACACUCUAUCCAAUGCUUCCAUUGGUUUUGCAGUCACAUCACUUGAGCCUGCACUGUGGCAUUGCAAUGCUUUAAAUGACAAUCAUUUUUAAAAGAGCUCGCACCUCGAGAUAAAUGAAAAAGGGUUAAUAUCUGAAGAAGUAAUGUUAGUCACAAUGCGGGUUUUAUAUUUUUAAUAGCCUUACAUUAAAAUUGAUGUCAGCAAUAGAACUGAAUUUUUUUUCUCUAUUUUUAAAUUUUAUUUGCAAUAACUGUAUCAGCAUUUUCAGUAGAUGGAGUCGUCAAAUGUGUUGUUGGUGUCAACAUUUCAGUUUGUGCACAUCUUUCAAAUCAAAUGCUUCUGUAAUUUAAUUUCUACCCUUCCUCGAACAGCAAAUAUUUCCAUUGGUAUGAAUAUUUUAAAAUAUUAGAACUGCCGUUGAAUAUGCAUUGACUUUUAGAAAAGCGGAAAGAACCGCUGAUACAGCCUACAAAUAAGGAAAAAAAAUAUUGUCAAAAAUUUUUAUCACUUGAUUAUUGUAUUUUUUUUUUGAAGAAGCACACGAUUGACUUCAGGUGUAGUGUAGCCCUAAAAAUUCAUUAUGGGAUUUGUAUGUCUUAAGCAUUUUACCCUGCUUUGUUGAAAACAUUACUUUGUCUUUCGUAUUUACAUUUGUUUAUUUCUUCUGAUAUUUACAUUCCUUUCAAUGUAACAAACCAUUGUUUUUUAAAGCAAUGUUUGCAAAUAAUGCCCAAAUUAUAGCCUAUAUUGUGUGACCAAAAGAGAACUAAUUUACUGUUUUGAAGUGUGUGGUGGCAGUGAAGUUUUCUUCUCUUGCAUAUUGCAAUUUUUACAAUCUGUUUUGCAGCUCAGGAUAUAAGAUUUAUCCUCCAGUCCUGAAACAUCAGUAGGUAAUCAUAGCAGAAGACUUGAAGCUCUUCUGUUCUUCUGAUUGCCUUUUCCAGGCAAAUAUUUCACUGGCACACAGGUUUUCCUAAUGUAAAAAUGGGAUCUCCACAUGUACAAAUAUUGUAACUAUAGUGGCGUUUUAGCAGCCUCCCUCUGCAUGCCUUUACAUUAAUGUACUCCUUCUCUCUCUCUGGAAUAGAAAAUGUAGGGUUUCUGAAGUAAGUCGGGGAAUCUUUCUCUAAACUGCUUGUUAAGGCAAUAAGUUUUAUAGGCCUCUGGCUGUUCUGCACUAAUUUGUAACAACUUUUAUAUGUUCAGGGAGUGGAGUGUGUUAGCAUUUUCUUUCUAGAAAUUAAACUGAGGGAAAAAAAUCUCAUUAGAUUAUUUGUUGAGGCUUUUGCAGCGUUAGAUUUGGUGCAAGAGGAUAUUGACUGAAUUUUCCACUUCAUUUGUUGUUAUUCUAAGCAAAUAACCACUGUUACUGUUAUACAUGUCACUACCAAGGAUAGUUUUUUUUCUAUGCAUAUUUAUUUUGAGACAAUCCUGAAUAUGAGCGCUAAUUUAUUUAUUGUCAUUUGUACUGUUAAUUUGCCUAUAAAUUCAUGUCAUGUUGUUUUAGCCCCCUGCGGUGUACUAUCAACUCCGAAUGUUAAAACCAAAAAAUGUGUACUGAAGGCACAUUAUAGCGCUUUGUAAUUUCAAGGUAAUUUAAUCAAAUUUGCAUAUUUCCUUUGUGUGAUGUCGACUUUUUUCUUUUUCCUUUAAAAAAUAAAGUGUGUCAUUAACUUG